UUAGUCUCUAACUAUAACAGAUGAGUUGUCCUCUGUCGUCACUUCUCUGUGUAUGGAUCAGAAAAGAUGGCUCCCAAACCCUGAAAAUACAAUAUGUCCAAGACCCAGGAGUCCACAUCUGUGCAGUGGGCACACGUUGAGGUCACUGUGCUGUUGCUGAUUGGCCAUCUUGAGUGAUUUGUCCACACAUUGGCAGUGGGCGUUGAUGACGAAGGCGCUGGAGCCCCUUUGGCCUCUUGAGAUGCUGCUGUGAUCAUGGUUCAAAGGCCAGGCCAGUCAUGCUUUGCUCUCCUCAAUCUCUUUAUUCAGUUUGUGACGCUCCCUGCCCCCUCUAAUCCAGAUCGGCAUUCCACCCAUGCCCACCCAGUUCACGUCUCGGCCUGACACUGGAGUCCUGCAGGCAAAGGCACGCCCAGCUAAACAAAAGCAGCAGUGUUGUGCCAGUGUGGGAUGAGCAGCACGAAUGCGGUGCGCCCUCCAAGAAUCAGGGCCACAGAACUCGCACGUAAUUAAUGUAUGAAACGUUAUGACAACAUACUGCUACAUUCUGCUUAACAGAGCCAAAUAGACUUGUCACUCGCAGUUGAUGUGCAUUUCAUUCUGUUGAAAUGUCUCUUGCACAAGAGAUUGUAUUGAAACCGGCACUUUCAUGAGCACAGGAUAUCAUGUUUACUGUAUGUCACAAUGUUUACUCCCAUUCUUAUAAUAUGAAAUAUUUACAGCUUUGAAUGCAUAGAUUUACAGAAAAAAUUUGAAGUAUUUUAGGCAUCUUAACAGUAUUGCGUGACAAUCCAGGCUGGGUUGGUUGCUCAGUUUGUUUUGAUAAAUGUUAAAUAUGUGGUGCAACAAGCAAUAGUUGUUUUGUCUGUCUACAUUUCUCCUUGAGCAUGUGUACACACAGCUUGCUUAAUAAGGAUUAUUUACAAUACAGAUACAGAGUGGUCUUGAUCAAGUGGUACAAUUAGAGCCUUUGUGCUUUAGCCUUCUAUAUUUGUUCUUCUUUAUGCUUUUUUCCACCCAACCUAUCGGCUUACAGCUCAGACUCCAGUGUCUCCACUGAAUAGCCCUCUGUAUGUAGACACAGAAUGGGGACUGUACAGCCUCUCUCCUCCCCUCCCUUUUUGUCUUUCUCCCUGCUCUUUCUUCACACUGAAUAUCAAGUGCAUGUCCCCUGACAGACCCCCUGACGUCACCGAUGGUUAGAUGAGCCUCCCUGCAGAGCUUUAAUCAGCUAGAUCAGGUUUUAGAAUUGAAAGUCGAGGGGGAGGUGGCAGGUGGCCCAAGGCAUCAGGUGUGCAUGUGGAGAGUUAGCAACCAGAUGAAUAAGCUCUGUGGCACUGGGCAUGGGAUAGGGGAAGUACGGGACUGUGCUGCAGUAUGUGCAUGUUGGGAUCUGACAUAACGGUGUGGGAGAGAUCAACUUUUAAUGAAAAGAAGAGGACAAUGCAGUUGGACAACACACAAUUUUAGUUUCUCUUUGGAUUCAUGUAUGAGGAGUGGUUUCUUUUGGCAGACAGAAAGAGCUCUCACAUGCCUCCUUAAUAGACUCUUCAUAGAGUCCAAACAAAGAGCAGACUGCCUUUUUAGCUGUGUUUGGUAAUCCUUGAUUCUGCUGGACCAUGGCUGGCAAGCAAGGUAGGCAGUGGAGGUCCAUGUGCAAAGGCCUGGUUCUGGGUACCCUCCUAACCAGCUGCAUGAUCCUGCUGUACUGCCUCUCCUCUCCCCAGAUCCACCUCAGUCUGCCUGAAGUUCCAGUGCCUUACUCCUGUGCCCAUCGUCCAUCCCAGCUCCACCCCAAACCAACCAAAAACAGCUCACAACAAACCCCGGGUCAGACCUGCGCUCCUAGGGUGGAUAUCAUGUUCAUGAAGACCCACAAAACAGCCAGCAGCACCUUCCUCAACAUCCUUUUUCGCUUUGGGGAGAAGCACCGGCUCAAAUUUGCCUUCCCUGAUAGCAGAAAUGACUUCUUUUAUCCAUCUCUUUUCCAGCGCUCCCAGGUUAAAGACUACAGACCUGGGAUGUGCUUCAAUAUUAUCUGUAAUCACAUGCGCCUUAAUGCACCCGAGGUGGCCAAGUUGCUACCCAUGGACACUUCCUACAUCACUAUUCUGCGAGACCCUGCAGAGCUUUUUGAGUCAUCCUUCCACUAUUUUGGCCGGCUGGUGCCUUUUACCUGGAAGAUACCAGGUGAAGAUAAGCUGACUGAGUUUCUACGUGACCCCCAUUACUACUUUGAUCCACAGGGCUUCAACUCUUUCUACCUCAAGAAUCUGCUGUUUUUCGACUUUGGACAGGACAACACUCUGGAGCUGGAUGAUCCGCAGGUAGAAGAGGUAAUCAGAUUCAUUACUGAGCGUUUUCAGCUGGUCAUGUUGGUGGAAUACUUUGAGGAAUCACUCAUCCUUCUCAAGGAUGCCCUCUGCUGGGAGUUGGACGACGUGCUCUUUUUCAAGCUUAACGCCCGUAAGGGAUCCACUGUGUCUAAACUCACCCCUGAGCUGAGGGCCCGGGCUCUUGAGUGGAAUGCUAUUGACUGGAAGCUAUACAAGCAUUUCAACCAGACCUUUUGGAAAAAAGUAGAUGCAUACGGACGGCGGCAGAUGGCUGAGGAUGUGGCAGAGCUCAGGAGAAGGAACACGGAGAUGGCAUCCAUCUGCAUUGAGGGUGGUCAUGCCGUAGAAGCUGGAAACAUCCAAGAGACUGCCAUGCAGCCCUGGCAGCCCAUCGGACAGAAGUCCAUCAUGGGCUAUAACCUGAAGAAGAACGUGGACAAGGCACAUCGAAAGUUGUGCCGAAAGAUGUUGACGCCAGAGCUUCAGUACUUAACAGAGCUAGGGGUUAACCUGUGGAUCACCAAGUUGUGGGGCCAUGUCCGAGAUAUCCUUAACUGGUGACUGGACAUGUCCGCAAGGGGGCCAACUUAUCUCUGACAGACUGUAUUGUAAGAAGAUGAAUCUGACUGUGUGCCUGAUAGAGUGAAAGGUUAAAAGGUUUCUGUAACAUUUCAAUUCUAUGACCGGUCUUGUUUUGCCGAAAUGUAUCAACAGUGAGUUGUUUGCUUUUCAUAUGAUUGUGUGCUGUAAUGUAUCUGAUGGAUGUUUGAGAAAAACACUUCACAAUCUA